GGGACAGCCUGCGGCGGGUGGCGGCUGCCCGCCUGCCCCGGGGACCCUACGCGCCCCGGCGGGACCCUGCGCGCCCCGGCGGGACCGGGCGCGGCGGAGCACGGGGGUCUCCUCGCCGGGAGCGGCGGGGUCCCGGGCCGGGCCGGGAGGCAGAGUACGGAGGUGCCGGGGGAGCUGGACAUGGAGGGUCAGGAACUGCCUUAUGUGCUAAUCGACCGUAUAGGAGGGAAGCAUGGAGUAUAUGAAGACCAUGUUGAAUUCCUGGAGAAACAUUUUUGUCUCGUCACCAUGAAAGAAUAUCUUGAAAACAAGACAUUUCUCAGCAAAAAGAUCACUGCCAUUUAUAUGUGGUAUUACAAGCCAGUUAUCAAUGAAGAGCUGCUCCAGAGCUUGCCUAACUUGAAGAUACUUGCAAGCUCUGGCGUGGGAAUAGAUCACUUGGACCUGAACCUCCUCUCCAGCUAUAGUGUGAAAGUGUCCAACACGCCAUUUGCCGUUUCCACCGACACUGCAGACUUGGGGAUGGCUUUGAUGCUGGCAUCUUCCAGGAGGCUUGUGGAAGGCUACCAGCUCGCGGUUUCCCCUGACACGGAGUAUUUCCCCGCUGACUGGCUGGGGGCUGAGGUUUCUGGGGCGAGCUUGGGGAUCGUGGGAAUGGGCACCAUUGGCUACAAAGUGGCCGAGAGAGCCAAAGCCUUUGAAAUGAAGAUUUUGUACCACAACAGGAAUCAGAGAAACAAGGAAGAAGAAAGUGCUGUUGGAGCUAUUUACUGUAAGAAGAUAGAUGAUUUGCUCCGGCAGUCAGAUUUUGUGUUGCUGUCUGUGAACCUGACUCCACAGACACGCAAAUUGAUUGGGAAGAGGGAGCUGGAGCUGAUGAAACCCACAGCUACUCUCAUUAAUAUCAGCAGAGGUCUGGUCGUGGAUCAGGACGCUUUGGUGGAAGCCCUUCAAAACAGAGUUAUUAAGGCAGCUGCUCUGGACGUGACAUAUCCUGAACCUUUGCCAAGGGAUCACCCUUUGUUAAAGCUGAAGAAUGUUAUAAUAACUCCUCACAUUGGAAGUGCCACCAAAAAGACACGCCGCCGUAUGAUGGAGAACAUGACCGAAAGCAUAGAAGCAAGUCUUGCGGGUCUUCCUGUCCCCAACGAAGUGUUACAAUAAAUGGCCUGCAUUUGAUGUUAAUGUCAUUAGCGUUUAUCCUAGUGUGUUGAACUGGUAAUUUGAGCAGUCUUAAUGUAAUUCUCCUAUGUGUGUUAUACAGAUAAAAUGUGUAACACAUGGGUUUGGUUUACUUAAAUAACCAAAAGUGAUUCGGUGUGGAAAACCGCAGUAUUUUGCCAUGAAUGUCAAUGAAAAACUCAGGAGUCCA